ACCGCCAAGAAGCGGCGGAAGCUCCCGGCUCCAACAUGGCGGCCGUGUGGAGGCGGCUGGCGGAAGCGGCGGCGGUACCGGGCCGGCCCGGACCCUGGGCGCGGUUCACGGCGACGGCGGCAGCGGCGGCGGCUCGACCCGAGCUCCGGGCGCGGCUCCGCGACAGAGUUGGUGUGUGGAUGUGGAGUCUGGUUGCUGAUUAUCGAGAGGCGUGUAAAGAGAUCGUCGUGGGGGCAAGGGAUAAUCCGUGGAAGGCAUCCCUUUACUGCCUCCUGCUGGGGGGGGCUGCCACCUGCGCCUACUACAACCCCUCCGAAAAAUCCUUCCAGGAGUCUCUGUUGGAGUCCUCCAACCAGCUUCUGGUGCUGUCACCCUUGGUCCGUAGUUGCCACGCAGACCGGCACAUCCAGAAGCUGGUGACAAUUAAAACCCAGGGCUGUCUCCGGCACGUGAGUUUGGGCGUCUUCUCCCUGGUGUACACGGCCCCCUACGACCCGGACACCAGCAUCUACGGCGCGCAUUGCGUGUACCUGAGGCCAAGAUGGUCGGACUUUCCAGACCGGGUUUUAGACCUGGGCUUCCUGGGCAAAUGGUGGGUGCUCGUCUCCAAGAUGAAAGACUGGGACAUCAAUGACGACGAGUUUGCCCACCUCCCCGCUGAGCUGCGGACCGUCACAUCACAGGACCUCCACUCGGCUGAGAACGAGAGACUGUUUGAAUUAAAGUUCCAGCCUAUCAUUCUCCGAGAGGAGGACAUGCAGGAGGGUGAAGGAAGCUGACGGGCACUGCUCACUGCCAUGCCACACCACGAAGAAUACAACUCAACACCUCUAAUAUAGACCAGGACAAUGCAGGAUCAGGCCCUUCGGCCCACUGUGUCUGUGCCAACCAUGAUGCCACUCUAAUUAAUCCCAGGUUCCUGCAUGUGGAGUGUGUCUCUCUAUUCCCAGCCUGUGCAUGUGUCUGUCGAAAUGUUGAUGCCCACUUCCUCUCCACCCAUUCUUGGUUGGUUAAACUUGGCACUGCUAUAAAUGGUUUCAAAAUAAACAGUUCUAUAAUUAAGACAUCA